AUGAGCUCCCCGACCAUACCCCGGGACCUGCAGCUGCCCCCGUCUCAGAGAGCCCAGUCUGUGUUCAAGGAACAAAGAAGACAAAAACUCAAGGAACAUCUAUUAAGACGAAAAACCAUGUUUGCAUACAAACAGGAAAAUGAGAUAUCCAGUAGAGGCCAGAAAACGAUGGCAUUUGAAAAUCAGGUUCAAGAAGGGAGAAAAGUUCUGAAACUCAAAAUGAAAAUGGCUGAUAAAGAAAAUGUGAAAAGACCUACAGACAGCAAAAAUAAUAUAAUAGAAAAAAACUGUAUCCCUUUAAAACCUAAUGAGUUAAGCAAUUCAGAUACAGCAACUGAAAUACCUAAUUUUGAAGAUGAUAAUCAAACUCAGUUAACAAUUAAAGAUCAUUCCCAAAGUCAAAAUAUGACAUUAAGCAGGGCAUUUCACCUUAAAAACAAUAAUAAAAAGAAACUCACGACUGCAGAAAACCCAAAGCAAGAUGCUAACUUGCCCAAGAAACCUGUGCUUGGAUGUUAUCGUGGCCAAAUUGUGCAAUCUAAGAUCAAUUCAUUUCGAAAACCUCUACAAAUCAAAGAUGAGAGUUCUGCAACAAUGAAGAAACUUUCAGCUCCUUGCUCUAAAGCCACAAAGCCUCAACCUCUAAGCGCUGGCAGCGCUGGAACCUCAAAUAUGGCAGCUUCUGCAAAAGUCGCGAGCACUAAAUCUGUGAGCACUGCAUCGCAGAGCAACGCACGUGUGGAACCUCCCAUUAGAAGCCACCACAGUGACACCCAGAGCGUCUCAAAGCGAGGCUUCGCCAGGAUCCCCAGCACUGUUACAAUCAGAAAAGAGCUACAUGCAAAAGAAUUAUUACAACCAAAAACAGUCUCAUCUACUGUGGAGACCAGUUCUCAGGAUAUAAAAAGAGAUAAGACACUAUCAAGAAGUAUAUCAUCCAAAGUUGCAGCAAAGACUGCUUCAUCUUCUCAUUCCAAACCAAUACAAAAGUUCAAAACCACUGACCAGCGCAGUAUAGCAAGAGCAAAUACUGUCGUAUCACCUCAGCUCAAAGAAACUGCAGAAGAGAGAAAAGCUCGUCUGAAUGAGUGGAGAACUAGCAAAGGCAGAGUGCUGAAAUGGCCUCCUAAUUCAGUAGUUCCCCAGCCUGAGUCUGAAGGACAGAAUGAGAAACCAAUUGGGUCCUUUUGGACUACCAUGGCAGAAGAAGAUGAACAAAGAUUAUUUUCUGAAAAAGUCAACAAAACAUUUUCUGAAUGCCUGAACCUGAUUAAUCAGGGAUGCCCAAAAGAUGAAAUAUUAGGUACACUGAACGACUUGAUUAGAAAUAUUCCAGAUGCCCAAAAACUUGUUAAAUAUUGGAUAUGUUUUGUAUGAAUUGAACCAAUCACAAGCCCUAUUGAAAAUAUUAUUUCAAUCUAUGAGAAGGCCAUUCUGGCAGGGGCUCAGCCUAUUGAAGAGAUGCGACACACAAUUGUAGAAAUCCUAACGAUAAAGAGUCAAGAAAAAGUUAAUCUUGGAGAAAGCGUUGAGGAGGCUAAUGCAACCAAGGAACACAUCCAAGAACUCAAUACUGAUGAUACAAGUGUCAGUCUAGAGCUGGAAGAAAUGGAAAGUGAGCAGUGUAGAAAUGUGGAGUUUCAAGAUGGUGAAAAGGAACAUGACAAGACCAGAGACCCAACCAGUGACAUUACAACCCCUGACUCCAGGACUGGAGCAGGCUAUGUCAUCAAAUACAAUGUAUCUACUACACCGUGCUUGCAAAGUAUGAAAAAGAAGAUGCAACAUGAUAAAAUAAAUUCUGCAUUUAAAGAGCUGAGGUUUCUAACACCAGUGAGACGUUCCCAGCGUCUUCAAGAGAAGACUUCUCAGUUGCCGGAUAUAUUAAAAGACCAUUACCCUUGUGUGUCUUCACUGGAGCAGUUGUCUGAGUUAGGGGGUGAUGCCUUUAUAUGCCGUCCUAAUGCAGCACUCUGCCCUACAAUCUCGGAGAUCAAUCAAGCAGGAGAGAAAUGAAGGCUUGUAUAAUUCCUGGGGUUCUGGGCAUUGUACAGCUUUGUGUUUCCCUUGUUCCUGGAGUGGGCCAGGCACUGAAAUUCAUGGCAUCAACUUGUAUUAACACACAUGCUAUAGGAACAGUUGUGAUUUUGUGUCAGAAAUCUAACCCUGUUAGUCAAUCUUAGCAGACCAGGUUUUUCUUUACUAUAGAAGACUUU